GUAACAGCCAGAGAUCAAGUCCUCUACAGGCAACAUCUUCCAGCUUUGGUUACUUUAUACCUCAAGACUCAUCCUUUGGGAAUAUGAUCUUACCAGUCUUGCCCCGGCUAGAGCCAAAGUGAAGUGACUGGACUAUAACAAUUUAGUGUGAGAGUCCUUCACCAUGAUUAGGCUAAAGGAGCUUGAGUCAUGGUUGCAGGACCUUCAAGACUUUGAAAGCCCCAAGGUGGCACUGGAGCAAUACCAGACACCACCUCACAUUGCUGCUCACAUUGCUCACACCAUCCAGGCAUCAUUUGGUGACUUGGAGGGAAAGUUGGUAGCAGACUUAGGAUGUGGAUGUGGUAUGCUGACAGUUGCUGCUGCCAUCAUGGGUGCUACUUCUGUUGUGGGCUUUGACAUUGACAGUGAUGCCUUAAAGAUCUGUAAAGAAAACCUGGAAGACCUAGAGAUUACUGCUGCUGAGUUGGUUCAAGCUGAGGUGCGACAGCUGGCUGUCUCACACUCUCGCUUCACCAAGCUCUUUGACACAGUACUACUCAAUCCACCUUUUGGUACAAAAUGUAACCAAGGAGCUGAUCUUGAGUUUGUGCAAGUGGCUCUAGAGCUGUCACAUGGACCAGUGUACAGUCUUCACAAGACCUCCACUCGGGCACACAUCAUUAAAACAGCAAGCCGCUGGGGAGUGAAUGUCCAGGUGUUGGCUAAGCUGCGCUAUGAUCUCCCCAACACUUACAAGUUCCACAAAAAGAAGUCUGUGGAUAUUGAAGUGGACUUUAUCAAAUUUACUGUUAAAGACGUGUGACAUUUUGAUGCAUCACACUGAAAUCAACUUCGUGUGUGACGUCCAUAUAAGUAAGGGAAUGUGAGUCUCUAAUAUGCUCACCCAGUCCAUGCACAUGCCACCUACAUGUGUAUUUCAGGUUUGCCUUCACCACCUUGGAUAAAGAAAUUUUCUCUCUCUCUCUCUCUCUCUCUCUCUCUCUCUCUCUCUCUCUCUCUCUCUCUCUCUCUCUCUCUCUCUCUCUCUCUCUCUCUGACACGCAUACACACACAUGGCUACAAUAUUGGUAACAUGUACCACUUGUAUAAUGAUAUAAAGGUUAAAAGAAAAAAGUUCAUAAGCCACUGGUAUGCCAGUAUUGUUGUCUAACUGUAAUAGGCAAUAUUCUUUCAUCUUAAAAUUUGAUUGUUGGAAUUAAUUAAAAAAAUUUGAUAGAUUUAAAAUUUAUUUCAUAUAAUAACCUAAUGACAUUUCAGUUUACUAAAGGAAAAUGUUACAUUAUUAAAUACCUGAAUCAUAAAAUCAAAAUAUAAAAUUCUAAAAUAUAAAUUUGUACUUAAAUGGCAACUAAGUAAUAGACUAGAAUAUUCUUGGAUUAGGCAAAAACUAAAAUGAUUUCUAUCACCUGUUGCUUUACAGCUGCCACACUGUUGAGGAAGUAAGACUAGAAAUUAAGGCUAUUUCUGACAAGGGGUUCACAAGAUGUUAUUUGAAGUUGCCUUUGAAUUUAAAUUCAUUUAACAAAUUUACAGAUAAAUAGAGUUCAUCCUUAUAUAGUAAAGAUUAUGGACACAAUGAAUGCAGGGUAAACUUUUCAAAUUUUCCUUAAAAAAAAUAUAUAUAUAUUUUACAUGAUAGUAAACACAGUAAUACUUUAUGCUGUGUGGCACGAUGUGCUCAUAUUAUAUUUUUCAUUCAUUGACACUGUACCUAAAUGUUCUUGCUAUUCUUAUGAACACAGACUGCAUUGCUUUAUCUUUGCCCAAAGAUCCUAAAUUUAGUGCCUUAAAAAUCAUCAAUGAUAUAUUCUAAAGGAUGAUGGGAUCUGCCAACAUCAAGGUUAAUGACUUUAAACCUUAAUCAAUCAUAUACAUUCUGAUGAACAGUCUUUGCGGUCAUUCAUGCGUUUUUUAAACUGCUUUCCACAGCUGAAUGACAAAAGACCCAUUGCAUUUUUCAUAUUAGAUUUCAAGUCCUUGCUUGUGCAAUGUUCCCACAUUCUAUCCAAAAUGUAUCAGUCAUAUGAAAUUUAUUUAAAUUUGAAUUUUGUAUGUGAAAAAAUAGGUGAGGAUUUUUUUUUUUUUUUUUUUUUUUUUAUAGGGUUUUAGGUGGUUUAUGGCAAUGGGAGAUAAGAACUGCAGCUGUGGUUGUCUAAUUCAACAGAUAUCAUAUUUGCUGUACUACAUUUUUUUGGGUGGGGAGGGGGAUAUUUUAUUAUCACUUGCCAGUUAGUGAAACUGAGUAUUUAUAUAUAUGUAUCUAUAACAUAAACCUUUUAAUAGUAGAAUUAAGAUUAUGGUGUCUUUUAUACCAUCUGUUCUCCUUGGACAGAUAUUAUUGUUCUUCAAUUGAUAAAACUCAAUGAAUCAUAAGUCAGUUGCUUUCCUGUAUGUAGCAGACUACAAGAAGCCAUGAAUAUGUAAUGCUUCUAAAAGGAUUUCUUUUCAUAACAGAAAUCAAAGUUUGAUACUGAGAUUGUCUCUUACCAACAAAACCACCAACUAACCAAUCCUUGGUCUUGACUAGUGUAGAUGCUUUUGGCAUCUAAUAAUGUCAGCGAAAGACAGUGCCCACCCAUAAUAAUUUUUUGAAGUCUAAAUACAUACCAGGCUAUGUCAAAACACAGCUGAGAGACAUGACGAUAGAUUGUCACUUGUUGGUCAAGCUAUUUUGGUUUUGGCUGCAAAUUUUCCUUUCUCGCAAAGAAAACAACAGAUUGCAAAGCAUUAACAUCUGCAGAGGCAAUGUAAAAUGUGUGUUAAUGUUCCGUACUAUAUUAAAGUCUAAAAAUAAAGAGUUUGGUAAUUUAGGCGACUGUAUUUUUCUUUUUGAAAUUGUUAGUCUUAUAAAUUUUAGUUACUAUCAAGAAAUAGCAUAACAAAAAUACAGUCGUCUCGAUCAAUGCAAGGGUCACAUUCUUGGAGAUGUUUGUUAUUCAAAAUUGCAUUAUUCAAACGUAGUUUUACCAUAGAAAACAAGAAGAAACAGCCAAUGCCAAUUGGCGACAAACACAAGCAGUGCUUCCUCUUCAUCUGCUUUGUUUUUGGUGUUCCAUGCCAAAUUUUACUUUGUGCGUCAUAAAACAAUCCCUUCUUAGUGGUAAAAUUUGUAAAAAGCUAAUAAAAAUGUUGCUUUGAGACCA